ACGACGACGAGUUGGUGCAGACGAUUUUCGUUGCCGCUGCAUAUGUGGUCUUGUGCAAAUUUUACCAAGUGUAAUUUUAUAGAAAUUAAUAAAUAUAAACAACUUCUGAAAUCAUAAUUCGCUGCAAAUAAACGCGUUUGUUUCGGAUUGGGUGGGACUUCCUCCCACACAGCGUAGUCGCUUAUGAGCUGAAGUGGAUGUGCAGCAGAGGUUGGGUGCAGACAAGUUGCACUUGCAAUCAACUUGGGCGUGUUUUUUUCAUGUGUAUGUCGCCGCCUAUAGCUCAAAACAGAGGAUACAAUACAAAAUGUAUAUACUAAAAAUAAUAAGCAUCAAAAUACAAAUGUAAUCUUAAAUUUAAAAUUCACAAUAAAAGUGUUUUAUAAAAAAUUAAAUACUUGCGCCGAUAUUCGGGGAGUUGCGCGAGUAGAGAAGAAAAAAUAAUAAUUGCAACUUCCAAGCGCGAAGCAACGUAUAAAAGGCGAAGUGCAAAGAGCCUAGAGUAGUGAAAAGUGAGUGUAAAAUCAAAAUGUGUAAUAAAUUCCAGUUUUAAAGGGCAUUUUGUAUAAUAUCUAUAGUUAAUGAUAAGAGUGAAAAAAACUACAUAAAGUGUGAACGAACGACGGAAGUAAAAUACGUGUAGAGGAAAUUAUAAAAAAAAAAAAUUUACGCCGCACUUCCGUCCGCGGUCUGAUCCCUCUACACCUGACUAGUUCCGUUUCGAGUUCGAGUGCAGCUUUUUCUUUAGUCUGUACACGCCCACAUAUUUGAAUAAUAAAAAUUCGUCUUUGUCGGCUUUUCACAUUCACCUUUACAAAAACCUUGUGACUUUGGGGUUUUCAAUUCCAAAUCGAGCUUAAAGAACCUUUACUACAUCUUUUGUCGACACAACGAAGCCGGCCAUUUCAUUAUGGGCGCACAGCAGGGCAAGGAACGCGGUUCACAUUCGAGUGGUGGUGGCCAUGGCGGCACUGCAAGCUGUAUUGGUGUCCCAAGUAGUGGCAGUCCUGUCGGCUUGUCGUCGUCUCAUGGCAUUAGUGUUGGCAGUGUAAAUGCACUGGCUGCUGGUUCCACUUUACGUGGCUCGCGCAUCAAAUCAUCUGCUACACCAGCAGCUGUGGGUGGUAGUUCACAUCGGUCGACUGCCGCUUCGGUUAGUAGCAUUGGACACACAUCGAAGGACAACCACACUCGCUGCAAUGUCAUCGGAAUGAAUAUUUUCACAGAACAUAAUGGUCCAAUGCACAGAGCUCAGCAACAGCAACUCCGUGAUGCGGCUAAAUAUCAAAUACAUUUAGAAGCGCUACGACAAUCUCGCCCGCUGCCACACAUUCCUGCCGGCACAACAUUGCUGGCUGACGCAGAGUUGCCCGGCCAGGAUGGCGCUUCGCUGCACACACAAAGCCACAGUCAAGGCCACAGCUCAGCCACAUCUGGCUUUGAGUCAGCACAUCGUUGGACAUCCAAAGAAAAUCUGCUAGCACCCGGCCCCGAAGAGGACGAUCCACAAUUAUUUGUAGCAUUAUAUGACUUUCAAGCUGGUGGUGAGAAUCAAUUAAGUCUGAAGAAGGGAGAACAGGUGCGUAUUUUAUCGUACAACAAAUCGGGCGAAUGGUGUGAGGCACACUCAGAUUCCGGCAAUGUCGGUUGGGUACCAUCGAACUAUGUGACGCCACUUAACUCGCUGGAGAAACACUCUUGGUAUCAUGGACCCAUAUCGCGCAAUGCAGCCGAAUAUUUGCUCAGCUCAGGCAUCAAUGGUAGUUUCUUGGUGCGCGAAAGUGAAAGUUCGCCAGGCCAAAGGAGCAUCAGUUUGAGAUACGAAGGGCGUGUAUAUCACUAUCGCAUCUCCGAGGAUCCGGAUGGUAAAGUUUUUGUCACAGCGGAAGCUAAAUUUAAUACACUCGCCGAACUUGUGCAUCAUCAUAGUGUACAACAUGAAGGGCACGGGUUGAUUACGCCAUUGCUUUACCCGGCGCCCAAACAAAAUAAACCGACCGUUUUCCCACUCAGUCCCGAACCGGACGAGUGGGAAAUCUGCCGUACGGACAUUGUGAUGAAGCAUAAGUUGGGCGGCGGCCAGUACGGUGAAGUGUACGAGGCUGUUUGGAAGCGUUACGGCAAUACUGUGGCUGUGAAAACGCUCAAGGAGGAUACAAUGGCACUCAAGGACUUCCUCGAAGAGGCGGCUAUUAUGAAAGAGAUGAAGCAUCCAAAUUUGGUGCAACUAAUUGGCGUUUGCACGCGCGAGCCACCCUUUUACAUCAUCACCGAAUUCAUGUCGCACGGCAAUCUUUUGGAUUUUCUGCGCUCGCCUGCUCGCGAAACUUUGGACGCUGUGGCAUUGCUUUAUAUGGCCACACAGAUUGCAUCCGGCAUGAGCUAUCUGGAAUCGCGUAAUUACAUACAUCGCGACUUGGCGGCGCGCAACUGUCUUGUGGGCGAUAAUAAACUUGUGAAAGUUGCCGAUUUUGGGUUGGCGCGCCUUAUGCGCGAUGACACGUAUACAGCGCAUGCUGGCGCCAAAUUUCCCAUCAAGUGGACCGCUCCGGAGGGUCUGGCGUACAAUAAGUUCAGCACAAAAUCGGAUGUUUGGGCAUUUGGCGUUUUGCUGUGGGAAAUCGCCACCUAUGGCGCUUCACCAUAUCCCAAUAUUGAUCUCACCGAUGUAUUUCAUAAGCUUGAGAAGGGCUAUCGCAUGGAGCGGCCGCCAGGUUGCCCGCCGGAAGUUUACGAUUUGAUGCGUCAGUGUUGGCAUUGGAAUGCGGCAGAUCGGCCGACAUUCAAGAGCAUACAUCAUGCAUUGGAGCAUAUGUUUCAGGAAUCAUCGAUUACUGAGGCUGUCGCAAAACAAUUGAAUGCCACAACGAUGACACAGAGUCUAACGCCGCAAAUGGGUAAAAAGGGUAUACCAGUGAAUGGUGCAGGCGGCGGAGGUGGUGGUGUUGGUGGUGGCGGCAGCAGUAGCGGCGGCGGCGGCGGCGGCGCUGGCGGAGGCAGUUUAACACCAAGCGGCGGCAUGCUAGAACAGCCACCAGCAGGCACUCCAAUGUCGGAAACCGGUUCUACAUCGACAAAAUUGAGCACUUUUUCCAGCCAAGGUAAAGGAAAUGUGCAAAUGCGCCGCACCACCAACAAGCAAGGCAAACAGGCGCCUGCGCCUCCUAAGCGUACGAGCCUACUUUCCACCAGCCGCGAUUCUACUUAUCGUGAUGAUGAGUCACGUAAUCUCAUUGACGAGCACAAUACAAAUGGUAGUAGCAUCUUUUUCAACCUACAACAACAACUACAAAAACAACUGCAAAAGCAAACUCCAAUACAACCACAACCAUAUAAUGUUGUUGUUCAACCCAGUACUACCCCAACCAAUAACACUAAUAAACGUUGCAAAACGAAUUCUUAUACUUUGUGUACUACACCACCUCCUCCCCAAUAUUCUAUAAAGAAAUCAUCCUCUUGCAGUAGUUUCCUAAUCGAUAUACUUUUUCGAGGUAUUUCACACCUGAGUCUUACGCGUGAUAUUAAUAAUCUUGGACAGCGCUAUGAUUCCGAAAACGACAAUACAACUGGUGAUCCUGACACUGAUGCUACCGGCGAUAGUUUGGAGUGCCAAAAUAUACCCACCCAAAGCAAGGUACAGCAUUCGCUCCAUAGCGGUGGAAUUGGACCACGUUCCGGCCAACAACAUAGCUCCUUCAAACGACCCACACCCGUUAUGGGCAACCGUGGCCUCGAAACUCGUCAAAGUAAACGCUCACAGCAUCAACAGCAGCAGCAACAACAUGCGCCACGCGAUAGCAGUGCUGGCGCUUGUACACCACAUCACGUCACCGUUGGCGCGCUUGAGGUGAAGAAUGUAAAGUGCGUUGUCAAUCGCUAUGGCACUUUGCCCAAGGUACAGCGCAUAGGUGCAUUCCUCAACAGUCUCGAGGAUCCGAAUACGCCACCACAACACAGCAUCACUACUCAUCUAAAUGCAGUCGCCGCGCCGGUCACCACAAACGGGCAUGGUGUUGGUGGUGUGCAUGCUGCCGCACGUCAGCAACUUCCACCGGCGCAUGUGAUGCCAAUACCGACGCCGCCAACAAAAUCAGCAGCAAACAUUAAUUCUGGAAAUGGCAGCAGUGGCAGUGGAACUAUACCGACACCACCACAGCAGAUGAUACGCAGCAAUUCUUCGAGUGGCGUCACUAUGCAGAACAGCGCAUCAGCGAGCUUGAAUAAACUGCAGCGUCAUCGCACAGCUGCCGAUGGCACAAUGAUGACGUUUUCCUCAUUUCGGGGCGCAUCCUCCAGCAAUUCACCAAAGCGCAGUCAACAGCCAGCAUUAGCCAAUUUGGAGUUUCCACCGCCACCACUGGAUUUGCCACCGCCACCGGAGGAAUUCGAAACACCACCGCCGCCACCACCACCAGCACCUGAAGUGUUGGAAGAAGUACAGGCUGCAAGCAGCGCAACUACCACGCACUAUCCAUUGCCGAAUAGCAGCAGCAAUGAUGUCUCGAAUACUGCACCCAGUGUUGAGGAGGCCAGUUCGCGCUUCGGGGUAUCGCUGCGAAAACGUGAGCCGUCGACAGACUCGUGCAGUUCGUUGGGAUCACCACCGGAAGUUCAGGAGUUCAAUAUGAAGGAGAAAUUGAUGGCAGAGAUAAAAGAUCGUUCCAAAGAGAGUUCCGCUAACAAUGCGAAUAUACAAAAUGGCACCACGGGUACAGCACCAGCUGGUAGUGGUGUUGAUCCCGUAUCCUUAUUGUUCACCGAGUUGGCCGAAAUGAAUUUGUCAAAGCAAAAGUCAAUACCACCACCACCACCAAAAACUCUCAGUGGUGGUUGUGCUGGCGAUUCAAGCGGUCCACAAGCACAGGAGAAUGGCAAUACGAACUCCUUUAAGGCACAGCUAAAAAAAGUAGAACCAAAAAAAUUACCAACACCCACACAAAAGACCGAAAACCAGACGACGAUCAUCGACUUCAAAGCUCAUUUGCGAAAAGUUGAAAAAGAUCCAAAGGAUAAAAAAGACGUAGGCGCAGAUGAAGCGCCUAAAAGUUUAUUACAAAAAGGACAAGCUGUGACCGCAACGGGUACGUUGGGUCGCAAAGGUGACAAGAAAUUCACCACAGUAAUGACAUCGGCGACCGCUGUAACGCCAGCAACACAAAAGACUGAAAAUGCAAAAAAUGAUAUGACCAAUAGCAAUAAUGGUAAUUCCGUAAAUUCCACGAAUACUACUCACUCAACUUCCAACACGAAUGGCAAUACUCACCACGCAAACGCAAACUCAAAUUUGAACUGCAACAACACCACAGGUAUUUCUGAGUCGGCAGAUAACUCAGUGGGCGUAGUUGAAACCGAGACAGGGAAACGACGCAGCACAGGUAGUAUAAGUAGUUUGAAAAAGUUGUGGGAGCAGCCGGGUGGCAGCUCUGAUUAUGCAAGCACCCAAUCCCAGGCGAACUGCGCAACAAAUAGCGGCAUGGCAGGCACGACUUCCAACGUCACCAGCACCACCAUCACCUCAAGCACUAAUCAACUUUCACCCAAAUUCAAUUUGAAGCCCAUUUCGAAUACUGCAACCACGCCCACUGCAAAUUCAAAUCGUUUUCCAUCACUUAGCACUCAAAUUUCACCACGUACCAAUGUCGCCACCACGGCUGGCACAAAUUCCAUUGCAAAUAAGCCACCACCGGCAGCACCACCACCGCCACCCCCUACUACCAACAGCACAGCCAAUCAAAAUCAAAAUUCCAUUUUCAACAAUUCCCAUUGCACGAAAUCCCAACUAACAACCUCUCUUUCGACUCAACUAUUCACAGAUAGUAAUCAGUACGCCGAACAAGGCCAAUGCACUUCAGCAACCACCACCAACAACACCACCGCUAAUUCAUCAGGAAACAAUACAACGACUAACAACGAAAUCGCUUCAAUGACCCAAUCACUUUUCGUAGAGCAUAGCAGCACCGCCAACAGCGGCAGUUGCCUACACCAACAAAACAAUAAACUCACCACAUCAACCAUCUCGACAAACACGGCUGUGAAUAAUACUUCAAAUAACAUUUCAACUACGAAUAAGCCCGCCGUACCACUCAAGCCCACCAAGUUGACCAUCUAUGCUACGCCCAUUUCGCAGAAGAUCGCCGCCAGCGCAUUAGAUAGCUCAACUAAUUCACCACUCAGUAGCGCGCUACAGAGUUCCACGCAGAUCUCACGCGAAAGCAUACUCGAACUGGUAGCGCUCCUCGAGAGUUCAUUGCAUCAACACCCGGUGAAUUCGAUUUCCGCCUCACAAUGGCUGCAGCUGAGCGACAAACUCAAUAUACUGCAAAAUAAUUGUGUAGUUUUCGCCGACAACGAAUCUAUGCCGCCACACUCGAAAUUUCAUUUUCGUGAGUUGGUGACACGUGUCGAAACGCAAUCGCAGAGUUUACGCACAGCCGGCAGCAAAAAUGUGCAAGACAACGAGCGGCUGGUGAGCGAAGUGGGACAGUCAUUGAAGCAGAUAACAAAUGCGCUGCAUAGGUAAAUAUUAUUGAAGCGGGAAACACGGGCGGCGGCGAGAGCAAACAGUUACAAUGGUACUGAAGACGAAGUGGCAGAUGAUGAAUUGCCGAGUUGGCGUAGUUGGCUGGACGCCGAAGGAAAUUUUAUAAAGCGCAAAUGAAAGCUGCUAAGUUGAUUGCGAUGAUGUGAUGAGUUUGUGUUCUGCGAGAUGUGAUGUAAAGGCUUUAGUUUCCUGCUUUAUGGUGAAAGCAUAUCAUGAAUGUGAAGAAACUGUGGAAUUUGGGUGAUGCGUGAUGGGCACAUUAAUUUGUAAAAUGCGAGGACGAUAUAUACGGAAAAUGCCACAUAAAAGAUUGAAUAUCUGCUCUUUUCAUUUUGUAGUCUUGCAAAAAUUAAUGGUGUUAUUUUAGAGCGUUAUAUAGGGUGCGCGCAAACACUUUAAGCAAAACAAUUAUAAACACUAUUGUUUGUGGUUAUCAAUGUUAAAGUUCAGGGUUCUAAAUCCAUAUUAGUUGUGUACAAUUUAUUUCAUUGAUUAACAAACGAAACCACAGUAUCAACUAUUUUUCGCGUUCUUGUGUAUACCCUGUAUAAGAAAAAAAUUACAAAAUCUAGUCAUACAUGAAGAAUCCAAUUUAAAUUGCUGUUAGUUGUAGACUUACCCUCAAAUGAAAUCAAGACAUUUUAAAUUACUUGUACUAGUUACUAGCUUAAUGACAGCAAUUAAUGAAGCAAAAAAAAAAUCGAAAAGUUAGUAAGAGUAAAGUUAGUAAGACUUGCAUUAAGUAUUCAUUUACUACAUAUAACUAAUUUGUAGGUCUUGCUUUAUGAGCAAAUUUUUUUGGUAAAUUUAAUAAUUUAAAAAUUGUUUCCAUAUUUUAGACAUUUUUAUUAUAUAGAUAUA